CAGUCUCUCCCCCGCGGGCAGACCGGGGCAGGCACACAAGCGUCGUCGCGCCUCGGUCGGUGUGGUCGGUGUCGGCCGGAGCUGUCCAGACUCAGAUCCUCCUUGUGUGACGUGGUUGGCCUGCUGCCUCCAGGCCUCCAGGCUCCAGGCGAGCUUCUCCAUGGCGCCAGGCGCACCCAUCGCGGUGCCCGGCGCGGCCGGUCGCCCCUCCUACCGCCUGCACUACUUCGCGCUGGCGGGGCUGGGCGAGCCCGUGCGCUACCUCCUGCACUACGGCCGCAUCCCCUUCGAGGACGUCCGCAUCGACGCCAAGCAGUGGCCGGAGCACAAGAAGAAGAUGCCGUUCGGCACGAUGCCCGUGCUCGAGGUGGACGGCGUCAUGUACACGCAGUCGCGCGCCAUCUGCCGCUACCUCGCCGGCCAGGUCGGCCUGCAGGGCGCCACCCCCGAGGAGUGCCUGCACAUCGACAUCGUCGUCGAGACCUUCAACGACCUCCGCGCGGCCGUGGCCGACUGGUUCUACGACGCCAACCCCGAGACCAAGGCCACCAAGCUGAGGCCCUUGAUGGAGAAGACGGCGCCCUUCUACCUCAGCAAGUUCGAGGCCAUGGCCGAGGCCAACGGCGGCUACCUGGCCAACCACAAGCUGACGUGGGCCGACGUGUACUUCUGCGCGCCGCUGACGUGGUUCGACGCCAUGCUGCGCCAGAACGUGUUGGAGGGCUACCCCGCACUGCAGGCGCUGCGGCGCCGCGUCGACGCGCUGCCCGGCGUGGCGGACUACGUCAAGUCCAGGCACAACGCCGAGAAGCUGUGCCCGAGGUUCAUCGGGCCCUGACAGCCCUGACGGCCCUGACGGCCCUGACGCAGUGUGCCCACCUUGAUGCACCACGUUGCCAACCACAGCCUGCCCACUAGGCAACUUCUCGAGAGAAGCGCUCAGACAUUGCCCAGUGGGCAGGCCGGACAGGCCGAAGUCGACCCUGCUGGGUUGUGGGGCAACACUGCCUCGACUAGAUUAAGACAAUAAUUUUAAUUUUAUCGUUGACACUGUAAAUAAACGAAGGCAGACGUCACAG